CACAUCAUCCGACCACGACAUUGUUUCAUCUUUUCGAAAUCCAUUUGCACCAAUCAAAAAACGAAGUUGCACCCCACGGGGAAUCAAACAAAUAAAAAUUAAAGAUAGAAUUGCCAUUCCAAGGAUAGCCCACCUUCCCCACAGCGAGACAAGAGAAUUUCACGUGCUAUCCCACCAAGGACGCCCGGCCGCCCCGGAUCGGAUCGUCGUGUCCAAACACCAUCAUCGUUCUACUUUUUUGUAACGCGCGAAGUUUCAACUUUUGUCAUUCUGUCCUUGCCAAUUACAGGUUCCUUUCUAUUCUUCCGGGACACUGAUGUUGGAAAAAUUAGUCGAUGUGUCGGUCCACGAGGUCGUCAUCGACUUCGCGCUCGGCCGCAAGUGCCGUGCCGACGUCCUCCUCACGUCCCUCUCCGCCACCUUCCCCGUCGCCUUCAAAGUCCAAACCUCGUCCCCUCACAAGUUCCUGGUCAACCCGCCGAGCGGGCUCAUCCCUCCCUCGUCCUCCCUCGCCCUCCAGAUCGUCCUCAAGCCGCAAAUGCACCUCCCCUCCUCUUUCCCCCGCUCGCCCGCCGACCGCUUCCUCAUUAGGACCGCGGAGCUCGACCCUGACUCAGUCGAGUCCGCUCACCCCGACUCGGUCGGCCCGUGGCUGUCAUCCCGGCCGACUCGGGACGUGAAGCUCAAGGUCGCUUUCGGGGGACGGUUGCUUCUCCGUCACGCCGUGGAGUGCGGGGAUGUGGACGCCGUGAGGAGCUUGAUCAAGCGGCAGAAGGGAAUUGCCGCUGAGUUGCCGCUUAAGGAUGCGGAGUCGCUGCUCCGAGACGCAGCGGCGUCGGAGAACUCGGCGAGGAUGGUCAGUUUGCUGGUGGGAGCGGGGAUUAAAGUUGACUCGCCGGUGGAGUCUGAUGAUCGGACGGGGUAUGGGAGAGGUCCUCGGGGUGAGGAGAAUCACGCGCCGUUGGAGCUGCUGAGUCAGAACGGGGGAACAACCAAAGAUGAUCGUGGCCGUUCAGCCAUUCAAUUGGCUCACGAUAAGGGACAACAUAAACAAGAACUUCAAAAUCAGGGAGAAGCGGUGUUAAUGGCGGCGAGACGCGGAGACAUAGCGGGACUGUCGUCACUGUUGCACGGUGGGGCGACCGCAGACUACCGUGACCAGUACGGUCUCGCGCCGGUCCAUGCAGCGGCCAUCAGAGGCCACACUGAAGCCGUGGGCCUGCUCCUCGAUUUCGGGUCGGACGUCGAGUGUCGGGACAAUGAAGGGCACACCCCCAUGCAUCUGGCGGUGGAGUGCGGGAGCGUCGAGACGACGGAGGCAUUGAUCGACAAGGGGGCGAACGUGAACGCCGCGAGCGACAGCGGGGCGACCCCGCUGUACAUAGCUAGAGUCAUGGGAUACCAGGAGAUUGUGGAGCUGCUUUUGAGGAGAGGAGCCAUUUCUUCAGAAGUUGUCGGUGCUCCUUCCACAUCAACGAAGUAGGAAAGCAUUUGCUCCUACGAAAAGAAGCGCA